AUGUCGGAGGUUCCGGAACACGACGUGAAUGAUCCCGAGUAUAUCGAGGAGUUGCUGCUGCGCGGUGUGAAGAAACUGGUUGUGCUUCCCGGCGCAUCCUCGCACGCGGCGUCAUUUCAAUUUGAGAAAGAGGAUCACACAAUGGGCAAUGCCCUGCGGUACUUUGUCAACAAGAACCCCGACGUGGAAUUCUGUGGCUAUACCAUUCCACACCCUUCCGAAACCAAAAUGAAUAUGCGGAUCCAGACUUGGGAGGACACCGAAACGACAGCGGUCGACGCACUCAGGAAAGGGCUGCUGGACAUGAUCGAUGCUUGUGACGUGGUGUCGAAGAAAUUCUCCGAGGCGCGAGACGAAUUCAAUGCCUCAAAUUCAUGA